UGGAAUACGACACACCUGUCCAGAUCGGAUCAUUUGAGGGCGAUGUCUGACCAUUGCCGUCUGCUCUGGAUGGACUGACGUCUGCUAUGAUGAAAUGACAGUUCUCAUGAGUGCAUGACACUAAAUCGCCAAUAAUCCCAUAUUUGUGUGAAUACUGAGGUUUCACUACUGUUAGUUUUUUCGGAUGUACUUUGCUGUUUUCUCAAAACCGGAAUCUCCCAAAGAUUCGAAGCAUAUUAUAUUGAAAGUAUACCGUGGUGAUGACUUGGAAAAGUGCUUUGAAGUCCCCAUUACCCCAGAAACUAUCUGCCAGGAUGUGGUAGCCUGUGUCUCCUCGGAGGAGGGUAGUUAUCUGACCCAGCAAUGGCAGGGACAAGAGAAAGCUUUGGACCCCCAUGAAAAUCUGCAUGCCAUAUUGAGAGGAUGGGACAAUUUUCGAGAAGAAGUCAGAUUUAUCGUCCGAGAACCGCUUCCUCCUGCCAUUCCACCAUACCCCUCAGAGGAACGUUUAAAUCCUUACCCUCAUGAGCCUUAUCCCCACCCAGGGGAGAUAACCCAGUAUCCAGCCUCCCAUCCUUAUGAUUAUGAGAGCCCACAUGUACAUUCACCUCAAAAUAAUCAACAUAUAGUACAUAUAAGUGAUGUAAAUGGCUACAUUAGUGAAGCGGGGGCAUACUCUGAUUCAGAAAUACCUCAAAGGUGGAACCUGGGUGGGGAUCGUUCUGUAUAUGACAGGUGGGCAGUUCCUGUUACCCUCCACAGUGGGGCAAGCAGUGAUACUCUGACACCAGAGGAGAAUCAUGGUCAGAGAGCGCACCAGAGAAACGGAGAUGGAGAAAUAGUACCUUCGCCUGUCAAUGGGCUGCCAGGAGGAGUUGACCUGACCUUGUCUGAGCUCCAGGACAUGGCUGCUAGGCAACAGCAGCAAAUCGAGCACCAGCAACAAGUUCUGGUGGCUAAGGAGCAACGACUGAAGUAUCUGAAGCAACAGGACCAGAGGCAGCAACACAUCAUUGCCGAGGGGGAUCGACUCAAGAAACUCCGAGACCGAGUGGAAUCUCAGGAAAUGAAGCUGAAAAAGCUCCGAGCUCUCCGCGGGGAAGUAGACAAACACAGGAACACCAAUGGCUCACUCAACACGGAAUUGGAAAGUGUGAAGGCGUUGUUUACAGAGAAAGAGAAGGAGCUUGUGAUGGCUGUUGCGAAAGUUGAGGAUCUAACAAGACAGCUGGAGGCUAUCCGCCAGGAACGAGCCAGUGCUAAAAACGGUACCCAGAAUCCAGCUGCCAUAGAACUGGAAAAACUCAGGAAGGAACUUAUGGUACGGAAUAAACUUAAUGAUCAACAGAAUUCAAAACUGAACAAGCACAGAGAAAUGCUAAAUCAACGAAAAGAGGAGAUAUCCAAAAUGGACAAUCGUAUUCAUGAGCUGCAAGAGAGGCUGAAAAAGAAGCGAGCACAUCAAGCCGAACAAAGGAAGAAUUUGGACAACAACAAAAAACUGGAUGCCAAUCAUAAUCCACGCCCCAGUAAUGUGGCUCAGGUGGAACCCUAUAUACAGUACCGAAAAUCUCCAGAUGCCAUUCAGAGUGAGGCAGAUCUAAAAUCAAACUUUGCAAAACAAGAUCCAAAAUAUCAGACCUUGCCUCCAAAUACAAAACUCAUUUCUCCAACCAAAAACCAAACAGACAAUGAAAAUAUCAAUAGUUUACAUAAUAAACAGGAGCCAAAACCUCCUGAAAGGCCACCUAGACUAGACAGUGGAAAUCAGAAAGGACAAGUAACGAGUUCACAGGUAUCAGAAUCAAUCAUUAAAGCAGCUCAGCGAUACCAACCACCUGUUUCUUCAUCAACAGGACAUCCUGUAAAACCACCCCCACCCCCCAGGUCAGCCACAACAGGUUUGACCUACUUUACACCUCGACCCUAUGGGUCCACAUACAGUUCCUCAGUAUUAUCAAAUAGGGCACAAAGUCAGGGACUGGCCAAUGGGCCAACAAUAAACGUUCAGGAGGAGAUCAGACAAGGAGGAAGUGGACAAAGUUCUCCCGCAUCCAGCGAAGGAUCGCAAAACGGCAAAAAUAAUGAUAAUACCAAAGAUUCUCGUAAUACCUCACACAGUAAUGGUGCUCCCCCACCUCGGAGGCUUCCCCCACCCCUUCCCCCAUCUUCAAAUACCAAAGACAUUCCCUCAGAGCCAAAACAUGCUGAGGAUCAGGUGGACUCCUCACGGUCUUUGAGGAAACCACCAGAGCAAGUGGUGGAUUCUAAUGUAAAAAGUACUAAUGUGAAUGGAGGUAAUGUGAAUUCUGCAAAGUCAGUGGAGAACAAUGGUGCUAACAAUCCUUCGAAAACUAUCAAUUUCGCUUCCAAAAAUCAGAUAGCUAAUACUUACAUGGGACGAUUAAGGCCAGAAGCUUUGCAGAAAUAUCAGAAAAAUAUGGACAUGUUGUAUAAAAAUCUUGCCAGGGGAGAUGAGGCAGACAAAAAACAAGAGAGUUCUGAAAACGACAUAAACAGGGCUCAAAAUGGUCAGAAACCCCCUGAACCGCAGCCUAAUAUUUCCCAUGAUCACGUCCAUACAUUCAAUCCCACAGGGCACCAAUAUCCAGACUUAACAUCAGACAAAAUAAGUCACAAUCGUCCAGCAAAGAAGAUUCAUCGCAGGCCAUCAGACAGCAGUGACAGUGAAGAAAUGGUGAGACUUCUACAUAAACAUGUGGACAGACAUGAUAAGAACCACAUUCUCAACAACACACAGGCUACCUCUUUCAUAGGGGGUGUCCCAGAAGAUGUUCCAGUAGACAACAUGGGAAAUCUUAUGGACGACUUGGAUAAAGAUGAUAAAAAUGACCAAGAAUUAAGUUCUCCUGAGGUUGUAAAUAUGGAAGUGGUGCCCAAGAAGAAGACCAAUUUACGAUCUCGUCACUCCAAGAGUUCAGGAAAUCGGGUCAGCUUUGACCCUUUAGCCCUCCUUCUGGAUGCUUCCUUGGAAGGAGAGGUAGAAAUGGUCAAGAGGUGUGCUUCACAGGUUGCUAAUGUAAGUGAGCCCAAUGAUGAGGGAAUCACAGCUUUACACAAUGCUAUCUGUGCCGGACAUUAUGACAUUGUCACAUUUCUCGUGGAAUUUGGUUGUGAUGUCAACUCCCCAGACAGUGAUGGCUGGACACCUCUCCACUGUGCAGCCUCCUGUAAUAACAUACAGAUGGUGAUUUUCCUUGUGGAACACGGAGCCUGUAUUUUUGCCACAACGAUCAGUGACCAUGAGACAGCGGCUGAGAAAUGUGAAGAAGAUGAGGAUGGUUUCGAUGGCUGCUCCGAGUACUUAUACAGCAUACAAGAGAAGUUGGGUAUUCUAAAUGGAGGUGUGGUCUACGCUGUGUUCGAUUAUGAAGCCAAAAAUAAAGAUGAACUAAGUUUUAGUGUCAAUGAUGAAAUCACUGUUCUAAGGAAAGGUGAUGAUGUGGAAAAAGAAUGGUGGUGGUCACGCAUGGGGGACAAGGAGGGCUACAUUCCCAGAAAUUUACUAGGGUUAUAUCCCAGAGUGCUGCAAAAAGACAAAGGCGAAGAGAGCUAGAACAGACAGGAAUUCCCCCAAAACUUGUCUAAAACAUCUAAAGUGCUAUUUUCACUACAAACGAAAAAGACGUCCCAUCUGAGCUACAAAGAGAAGGUUGGGAAAUGAAGAUUGGCUGAUCUCAGAUUAGCAGGCAUUAGCUGGUGUAGCUCUGCUAUACUUGACUGAAGUGCUAUGUAUAGAAAACUGACACAUUCAAGAUCUGAUUGUAAUUUUCAACAAAUGAACAAAUUAUUUUAACCAAGAUGAUAGGAGUAUUUUUUUUUAUCGCUAAAAUUUUUAAAAAGAUACCUAAUACAAAGAAGAUAUUUUUAAGAAUUUUGUUUAGGUUUAUUAAAUCUUUGUGUAAAAUUUUGUGCCAAAUAAAUGCCACAUAAAUGUAGAACAAAGUUUGGAAAGUUUAAAUACCUGACGAAAUGUCAAUUGCAUUUUAUUCUUAUCUCUCUCUCUCUUUGGAACAAUUGCAUGUGUAUUUAUAAAUUCAAAUCAUGUAAUUGAACAUUUCAUAUAAAUUGCUGCUCUCUCUCUCUGGUGUUCUGUAAUAUGAAAUAAGGUAGGGCAGAAAAGUGCAAUAUCAUUCCAUGGAUUGCUUAAUGGUCUUUAAUUCAUGCAUUAUGUAAGAAUACCAAAUUUUGGUAAAAUUUCGAUUUCACAUUUAAGCAGUAUUUACACAUGACCUUUAGAUAGGUUUAUUAUACUUGACAGAGUUUUAUAUUACCAUAAGUCUUUAGGGGGAGGUAACUGUAAUAUAAAAACCCCUCUUCAAAUGUUCAAAUUGUUGUAAGAUAAAAUCUGUACAGUUGUAUGAAAGUUGUGUUGUAAUUUGUGCAAUUGUUUAAAUGUGUACAGUUUUUCUUAUUUAUAUAUACAUAGAUUAUAUUCUUUUACAUUUUUUAAAAUCAUCUAUCAUCAAAUUUCAUGCAUAACUUGGCAAUCUAUGCAAUGUUUUACAUGCAUCAUCAUGGAGGAAAUGAAUAAAUUUGAAGCCAAGAAAAUAAAAGAAUUUAACUGGAAAA